UCUGUUUGAUUUCGGAUUUGUUUACUUCGGAUCGUUUAUCCGAAAAUAUAAUCCAAAAUAUUUACUUAGAAAGUGACGCUCGUUUUCAAAAACAUUAAAUACAGUUUAUAAGCCUGGGUAAAGAGUUUACAUAUAUGCCAUGUUAAAUAACAUCCACUUUCUCCAACGUUUUUUCAAAACAGUACAACUUUUGCGGCAUGAAAAAGAAGAAUUACAUGGGACAGCACCAAAUCAAAAAGAAAACAAGCAUCCAAGUUGAUGAUAAGCCUCCAGACCAAACAAGAAAAUUGCAAAACUUUAAUGGAAAUAACCACAUGGGAGGAGGAGGUGUCAUCACGCUGUGUCAAGCCUCCGUAGCCCUUGAUGAAAAGAUGCCGCAGGGGCUUGAUUGUUUUGGUCCUGUGAAGGCUAUAACCCUCAGAAACAGACAUGCUCAAGAAGAACCAACAUCAUCAACUGCCUUUGCUCCUCCACGCCCUCUUGCUUCAACUUCCUCCAGUAAAACAGGGAGGGACUCAGUGCAGAUGAGGGAGAGGGCAUCUCUUCAGCCAACACACAUGGUACCCAAUGCUGCUCCUAAUUCUCAGGAGAAAGACUGCCAACGUAAAAGCAACUGUAAGCGCCCAGCAUGGAGAGCCGGUUGCAAAGACCUUGCUCAGAAACUUCUCUUCAGUGAGGACUCUGAUAAAGUGGAGCCUCCUCAGAGAGAGCUUGAAAACAACAAUCCAACGCAUGGCUCCACCUGUGCCAACACUCUGUCCAACAAAGAAACUCAAAGCAGUCAGAAUGCAAAAAGCUCCAAAAAGCAGAAGUUCAGAAGAAAGAGCUCUUCUCCUAGAACGGACGAACAUGGAUCAAGUAAAAACACAGAUCCACCUCUGGAUGUAUCCACGAACUACAUCUUGUUCAGCCCCACCCGUCUUGCAGCAGCUAUGAAGAGGGCUAAACUCCAACAAUCAACGCAGAAUCAGUCUGCUUCUGUACUCACAGUCCCUGACGGUUUGGAGUUGAGCACCCUUAGUACCACUCUACCCCAACCAGGCAUUGCUUUGCAUGCUCCUACAGAGCCAACUGAAAUGCUGCUGUUGUCCAGCUGGGGUUUACCAAAACCUGUUCUUGAACGCUACCGAAAGCAUGGAGUGACACAGAUGUUCGAGUGGCAAGCUCAGUGCCUCGCUGUUGGACAGGUUCUACAUGGAGGCAACCUGGUGUACUCUGCUCCUACCAGUGCUGGAAAAACUCUGGUGUCAGAGCUGCUGAUGCUGAAGCGUGUCCUGGAGACAAAAAGGAAAGCCCUCUUCAUUCUGCCGUUUGUUUCUGUGGCCAAAGAGAAGAUGCAGUACCUGCGGAGUGUAUUUGUAGAGGCUGGAGUUCGUGUGGAGGGGUACAUGGGCAGCACUUCAGCUGCUGGAGGGUUCAAAGCGCUGGAUGUGGCUGUUUGUACCAUAGAAAAAGCCAAUUCUCUAAUUAACAGACUCAUUGAAGAGGAUAAUAUGGGUCUCCUCGGAAUGGUGGUGGUAGAUGAGUUACAUAUGGUUGGAGAUUCUGGAAGAGGUUACCUGCUGGAAUUGCUUCUAACAAAAAUCUGCUACAUUGCACAAAAGCAGAACACCACAGGGUCUCUCUCUGAGGGCGUGCAGAUCAUUGGUAUGAGUGCCACUUUGCCGAACCUGUCCCUCCUGGCCGACUGGUUAGGUGCAGAGCUUUACCAGACGGAUUAUAGGCCCGUACCGCUGCAGGAGCAUCUCAAAGUAGGCGGCAACAUCUACGAUAAGACCUUCUCCGUGGUGCGCCAAUUCACCCCUGCAAUCCAAGUCAAGGGCGAUGAUGACCACAUUGUGAGCUUGUGUUAUGAAACAGUGAAAGAGGGCCACUCUGUGCUGCUGUUUUGCCCGUCGAAGAACUGGUGCGAGAAACUGGCAGACACGGUUGCUCGACAGUUCUAUAACCUCAGACGUUCUGCUUGUGAGGGGGAAGCAGAGCCUCAGCCAGUGUGUCUAGAUCAGGAUAGGCUUGUGGAUGUAAUAGCUCAGCUGAGAAGAACUCCUGCCGGUUUAGACCCCAUCCUGCAGCGCACUGUGCCGUGGGGGGUGGGGUUCCACCAUGCCGGUUUGACUUUUGACGAGCGUGAUGUGUUGGAGGGAGCUUUUCGUCAGGGCUUGAUCAGAGUCCUAGCCGCCACGUCCACCCUCUCUUCAGGGGUUAAUCUUCCAGCUCGCAGGGUCAUCAUUCGAACGCCAACUUUCAAUGGACGUUUGCUGGACCCGCUCACAUACAAACAGAUGGCUGGACGAGCAGGAAGAAAAGGAAUAGACACCACAGGUGAAAGCAUGCUUGUUUGUAAGCAGGUAGAGUCCAAAAAAGGUAUUAGUCUCCUUCAGGGUGCUCUUCAGCCGAUCAGCAGCUGCCUGGUGAGAAGGGAAGGCGACGGUGUCAGCACAAGUAUGCUGCGAGCCAUCCUGGAGAUAAUAGUUGGAGGUGUCGCCAGCACUCCACAGGACGUGGGCUUGUACGCUUCAUGCUCGCUUCUAGCGGCCAGCAUGAAAUGCGACAAGAAGAAAGCAUCUAAGGAAGAGAGCAACAAAGGAGCUAUUGAAGCCUGUGUGGAAUGGCUGAUGGAGAAUGAAUUCAUUAGUAUCCAGAAAAGUGGACAAGAUGAACAGUAUUGUCCAACUCAGCUGGGUGCUGCCACGCUCUCUUCUUCCCUCUCUCCUCCAGAGGCUUUGGGAAUAUUUGCAGAUCUCCAGCGGGCCAUGAAGGGCUUUGUACUCGAAAAUGAUUUGCACAUUCUGUAUUUGAUAACACCUUUAUAUGCAGAGUGGACCACCAUAGAUUGGUAUCAGUUCUUCUGCUUGUGGGAGCAGCUGCCGUCAUCGAUGAAGAGAGUGGCAGAGCUCGUGGGCGUCCAGGAGGGCUUCCUCGCACGCUCCGUCAAUGGAAAGCUUGUUGCAAAGACAGAAAAGCAGCAUAGGCAGAUGGCUGUUCAUAAACGGUUUUUCACUACUCUCGUGCUACAAGAUCUGGUCAGUGAGGUACCUUUGGGAACAGUUUCAUCCAAAUACAACUGCAACCGUGGGCAGCUACAGUCUCUCCAGCAGUCUGCUUCCACAUAUGCAGGUAUGGUAACGGUGUUCUGCAAGCGUCUGGGCUGGCACAACAUGGAGCUGCUGUUGUCCCAGUACCAGACCAGGCUGAGCUUUGGGGUCCAGAGGGAGCUCGUGGACCUGGUCAGGGUUUCCCUUCUGAACGCAACACGGGCCAGAGCGCUUUACGCUCAGGGUCUCUGCACCGUUGCAGAACUAGCCAGGGCUACCCUGGCCGAUGUGGAGAAAGCCCUGAGGAAUGCAGUCCCGUUCAAGAGCUCGAAGCGUGCGGUGGAUGAAAGCGAGAUGGAGGCGGCAGAGAGAAGAACGCUCCGCUGUGUUUGGGUCACCGGAGGACGAGCUCUGACCGAACAAGAAGCAGCCGUGGAGAUAGUGUCCGAGGCGAGGCUCCUCCUCCAGGACGAUCUGGCACAGUUAGGAGUUCGGUGGGAUCCAGCAACACUUCCUGCAGGAGCUCCUCCCGCGUCCAGCCCUGAUGAUCCGUCCACCGGAGGGUCAGACACUUCUUCUGCUUCCUAUCUGAGUCCACAUGAAGCACAGAGGGACGAAGGGCGCCACAAGAGUGGAGUCACUGGCAGGCAGAAGGGAGAGACUGAAAAAGAUGUUGAAAUUGAGAAGAGGAUGGCAGAGGAGAGAAAUGCAGAUGAAACAGUAGACGGACAGACAAUCAGUGAAGUUCCUCUAAAAGGAGCCAAAGAAAGAAUGAAAGCACAGGAAAAUAAACCAGUGCGACAUUGCACUGGAAGCUCAGAAGAAAUACAAGAUAAAGGGUCAGAACAAGAGGGGGGAGAGGACAGGGAACCAACACCAACAGAGGGAGAGACAAAUAAAGAAAGCAUUUCCGUAAGAUCAGAGAAUCCUCAUUUGAAUCCACCUGCUGCUGCUGCUGAAAGGAGCCUAACGCAGGAAUUGGCUGAGAUCCUUUCCAGUCCCUUACCUCAACCACCGCCACAGCCUCAGUCCUCGCCUUAUCUGGCGCCACCACCGCGCUUUAGAGCGCCAAUAUGCCGCUUAGAACAGCAAACAAGGACAGCAAAAGGGAAGCACAUCACAACGCUCACUGCCUCACCUUUGCAUCCAGGGAGACUCGAGCAUUCCAGAGCCUUGAGCAAAGUUCUGCAUUCCAUACGAUCUGAAAAAGGCCCUCAAGAUAUAAAAGAGCAUGCUGAGGCAUCCAACUCAGAACCAACAACUGUCCCAGCUCCCGCCCCAGCUCCCGCCCCGGCUCCCGUCCCGGCUCCCGUCCCGGCUCCCGUCCCGGCUCCCGUCCCAGCUCCCGUCCCGGCUCCCGUCCCAGCUCCCGUCCCUCUACAUGGAAACACCCGUUCGGAUCAUCCAGACUCUUCCUCGUCCGUCUCUCGCGCCUCUGUUCCCAUGUUCUCUCCCGAGGCCAAACGAAGAAAGAUGGCCCCCGUCGAGGUAGAUAAGUUUUCAUCACCCGAGCUAUACGCAGGCGAUAAAACAGGGGAAAGCUUUGGGGACAGUUUCGAGUUGGACACUCAGACAGAAAGAAUAAUGGUUCAACAUUGCAGAGACGGCGCCGAUGGAGGGGCAGAUAAUUUGAUAGAAAGGCAAAACGGGAGAGAUGAGGAAAUGGUAGAAGCAGCAGUAGAGCAAGUGGAAAACACGGAGGAGAGAAGAACUGAAGUCCCACACGUUAUAUCUCCUGUAUUUAAUAUUUCUCUGACGGACAGCCAGAUGGAACGUCUCCUCAACACCAGCCACCAGAUAUCCCCUGGUUCAGCUGAUGGCGAUGACAUGGAUAAAGCUGAAGAUGAUCAUCGACCCGCCGAUGCUAAUAAUGAUGCGAUAUCUGAGAGUUUUAACAGGAGCAGCAGCUUUCUGUUUGACAGCUUGUACGACAGCCCUCAGCCUGCAGCUCCGGGGCCACACCGGAGUCCCGACCGGUCCGACGAAGACGCAUCUGCAAGUCGGGGGGUCGGAGUGGAGUGCCCUCUUCCAUCCACGCAGCAGAGGAGACGCAGCGAGGUUCUCGCCAACCAGGAAGCGGAGGAGCAGGAAGCGGUCCGCUGGGGCGAGUCCUUCUUUAACCUGUCGGAGUGGGGCGACUCGCUGUUGGUCGGGGAGCACUUUCUGGAGAGGCAGAGUUUCUUAGGAUACACUGAGAGAACUGAAAAAGAGAAAGAGGUCCAGCCUGCAAGCAGCGACCACGAUCCAUCUGAAGAGCGGCGGUUAACUUCCCCGUCUGGACCGGGCCGGGAACAGCUGCCACUUAAUAACACCGGUACUCAAAACCAGUGUGAUAAAGAACAGGCUUGCACUAGUACAGCACAUGCUAAAACGUGUAAAAAGGUUAUGAAUGAAGACUUUGUAGAAGGGAGGCGUAGAAUAAUUACUGAAGGAAGUGAAACUGGAAACAAGAAAACAGAUGAAGAGCAAGAAAAAGAGGAAAUUGCUGUUUUAUUUUCAAAUGAUGGCGUUUUUAAAAAUGCGCCUGCUUUUGAGUGCAGUCCUGGUUUGCAGGAGAUAUUCGACCGCUGGCCCAGCAUGUCGGACCAGCCUGGCUCCGCGGCCUCUCAAGCUGCUGCCGAUCCAGCAGCACAACUGGGCCGAAAGAGGAAAAAGCCACAACAGUCGGAUCCUGCAGAGAAGGACUCCCAACCCGGAGAAAUGGAGAACGUGGCGGAGAGAGCUGGCUCUGCCGCUGACCUCAUCCCCCCAACUCAGGAAAGACCCCCCGUCACACCGAGAAUAAAACUGACCACCUCGUCCGUCCAGUCACCCGUCAGCACUCGGCCACUUAACCAGUCAACUCCCUCCGACCAUUUUCAAGGAAAUCCAGCAACCUCAAAUUGCCCCACGUCUCACACAGGAAGCAAUAAUCAUCCAUCAGCAGCUGCUUUGGCCUCCGACGGCAAACGGGAGGCAAAUGCGAUACCAAAAAAGGAAAGGAAGUCUGUCACAAGCUUAAGUUCAAAACUUAAACCCUCGGCACAGAUUAGCGAGGGCAUCAACCUUCCCAGAGAGCACACUUCUCCUCCCGCUCCCCCUUCGGACACGGCGUCCCCUGCGGCUCCUGAAGGCUUCACUCUGCAGUUGUCCCAGGACGAAUCGCUCUGUUCCAGCAGCUCUGGGACGUUCUCCAUCAUUGAUGUGGCAAGUGAUAGGCGCCUCUUUGACACAUUCAUUAACGAAUGGAAAACAAAGGAGCGGUUCUCUCUGGCUUUGGCCUGUGAGAAGAGGGAGCACAGACAGCAACCAGAGGAGGAAAAGAGAGACAAACACAGGAGAGCAACAGCAGCUCAUCCGUGGCCGGAGCAUGGAUUUCCUGUAAGGGACAGUGAGGGACUUGUGUUGACGGGACUGGCGGUCUGCUGGGGAGAGAGGGAUGCGUACUACGUAUCUCUGCAGCAAAGGCAGAGCCGAGGUCUGAGUUCCAGUUUGGCUCCUCCUCCGCUGGAUGAUGAUUUGCCAGUAAGUGAAAGGCUGGACAAGGUGAAAGCCCAUCUGAACGGACAGUCUGCUGGUCACCGGGCCGUAGAGACGUACGAUAUCAUCACGGUGUACAAGACUCUAGUUCUGAGCUGUGGAAUCAGCUUGGAGGGAAACUGUGAAGAUCCGAAGGUUGCGUGCUGGCUGCUGGACCCCGGCAGUGAAGAGAGGACCAUUUCCAACAUGGUGACGGUUUACUGUCCUGAAGAACUACCUCUGCUGGACGGACUCGGAAAUGCACAUUCCUACUGUCCUCGGGUGAGGGCAGCGACCCGGAGCGUGCUCAUACACGCCGCCAUGAAGCACCUCACUGGUCUGCUGGACGCAGACUGCCUCCUAGAUUUAUUCAGGAAAAUCGAGAUGCCUUCCCAGGUGUGUCUGGCCCUGUUGGAGCUUAACGGAGUCGGCUUCAGUGUGGAGGAGUGUGAAAGACAAAAACACGUGAUGCAGGCCAAGCUCUCGGCGCUGGAAGCCGAAGCUUACGGCCUGGCCGGGCACAGCUUCUCCCUCACCAGCGUUGACGACAUCGCACAGGUGUUGUUCUUGGAGCUCCACCUGCCUCCCAAUGGAGACGUGGAUGGACCGAAGAGCAAGAAGACUCUGGGCUACACCAGGAGAGGUGGAGGCCGAGUACGGCUCGGAAAGCAGUUUAGCACCACCAAGGAUGUUCUGGAGAAGCUCCGUCCACUCCACCCGUUGCCAGGUGUGAUAUUAGAGUGGAGACGGAUCACUAACGCUUUGACCAAAGUGGUGUUCGCCCUGCAGAGGGAGAAGCAAUACCACCCCACGCUGGAGAUGGACAGAAUACACUCCAUCGCUCAGACCCACACUGCCACAGGUCGAGUGAGCUUCACUGAGCCCAACAUACAGAACGUCCCCAAAGACUUUGACAUUUACAUGCCGACCGUGGUGGGGGAGAGUCCUCCUUCUCAGAAUGGCGUCCGCACGACGUCCAAACCAGGAAGAAGGAGGUCGUCUGUUGUGCCAAAAGUCCCAGCUGGACCUGCGAAACAGGGCCCAGCGUUCUCCGUCAGCAUGCGGCAUGCUUUCAUUGCCUUCUCAGGAGGAAUGAUAUUAGCAGCUGAUUACUCCCAGCUCGAGCUGAGACUGCUGGCUCACCUCUCCAAGGAUCAGCGCCUCCUGCAGGUGCUGAAUGGAGGAGCAGAUGUGUUCCGCUGCAUCGCCGCCGAGUGGAAAAAUAUUGACCUAGAUUCUGUGCAGGACGGCCUCAGACAACAAGCAAAGCAGAUUUGUUAUGGGAUCAUCUACGGGAUGGGAGCAAAGUCUUUGGGCGAGCAGAUGGGAGUGGAGGAGGAUGAUGCGUCAUGUUACAUCGAGAGUUUUAAAUCCAGAUACAAAGGAAUAAAUAGUUUUCUUAAACAAACUGUGAAGAACUGUGUAAAGGACGGUUAUGUUAAGACGCUGAUGGGCCGUAGGAGGUAUUUAGCUGGAAUCACCAGCACCAAUAUGCACAUCAAAGGACAUGCAGAGCGCCAGGCCGUGAACACAACCGUGCAGGGUUCAGCGGCUGACAUUGUAAAACUGGCUACUGUUAACAUCCAAAAACGGCUACGAAAAACUUACCCGACAGCGCCGCUGUCACACCAACACACAUGUGCAGCAUAUAAUCAACGCAGAGCGGGGAGAUCGCAGCUCAGGGGAGCCUACUUCGUCCUGCAGCUGCACGAUGAACUCAUAUACGAAACCACAGAGCAGGACCUCAUCCAGGUUGCACAGAUAGUCAAGCGGGAGAUGGAGUCGGCGGUGAAGCUGCAUGUGAGGCUAAAAGCCAAAGUCAAAGUUGGACCCAGCUGGGGAAACUUGCAGGACCUGGAUAUAUGAACCAAAUGUUUAACCAUGAAAUCAGGAGUGAUCCUUGUCUUUGUUUUGUAAUUUAUGUGGAUACUAUCAUUUGCACACAAUUUUUAAUCAUUACUCUCAUCUAUGAAAUGUAAAAUGAAUAUAGUUUAUGAUUUUACUGUUAAUAUGCACAAGCCUUUAAAUAUGCAUAAAUCAAUUUAGUAGUGUGCAGCAUAAUUAAAAGUAUUGUAUACCAGCAAUAUUGGGAUAUCAGAUGU